GGUGGAGAAUCGAGUCUGUGGCGCAUUCAUUCCCAGCCGGAGCUUCUCCGGAUCGUACUCCACCCACAGAUUUUGCUGCCGAUGAUGUUGCGCCGCGUCUGGAACGCCAGGCACAGUGUCGUGUGCUCCUCGCUGCUGCUCGAAUUAGGCGCAUUGUUUGCUUUGUCUUCUAUCUUCGUGGCAAGAAGCAACUUAAGUUGGAAGCCAUGCUUAACAUCUGAGAUUGACACGAUUACAAGGUGGAAGAUUCUACUUCCUUGGUGCAAGCGUAAGAAAUCCAGGACUCGCCAGGAAAAGAUGGUGAUAUCUCUCAUAAGCAAGAUCAUGGGCGUCAAGAAGGAUGUUUUGAUCAUCUGUACGAUGGUGGUGGCGAUGGUAGCAGCAGGAGCGCAGGGCGUGAAGCUACUCUCGGGGCUGUGCAGCGACGAGUCCAUCCCAGAGGGGAGCACUUACUGGAACAGCCUCAAUGCGACGCUGGCGGAUCUCGUCCAGAGCACUCCCACCGCCGCCAACAUGACUUACAGCACCAACAAGGGAGUCGAGGGCGACGUCCCCGCCUACGGCCAGGCGCAGUGCCUCCGCAACGCCACCACCAACGUCCUCCCAAGCCAGGACUCGUGCAGAGGCUGCAUCGACGACAUCAUCGCCAAGGCGUGGCUGGACUGUGUCGACGCCAUCGCUGUGGAUGUCAAGCUCAACGACGAUUGCACGCUGCGCUACCAGGACUCUCCAUUGUGAUCCAGGGAGAAAGAGAUCUUCCAUAAAAGUCUGCAGCUAUAUUAUACUUAGCAAGUUCGCAGAAGCAAAAGCGCAGAUCCUCGCUACUUA